AUGAGAACCACCGCACUUUACAUGACACCAUUCACCACCAUGGCUCGUCUUUUCCCCACCUCUUCCUUCAAAACGGCAGCCGCCGUCAUCAUCGCAGGCAUCUUUACUGUCGCGGUGGCUGUGUGUUUCACCGUUCCUUCAGUCUCACAUUUCAUGGCGUCUUGCUAUCCUAUGAUCCACGAUAACACAGUCUUCCUCCUUAAACCACCCUAUCUUUACUUAGUCAUCAAUUGCAUCAUCGUCUCUAUCGUCGCUACAUCUAAGCUCACUCACAAACCGUCUUCCAACAACGACUUCUCCGAAGUAGUACCUUUACCUUCUGAUAUCGUCAUCCGUUACUUAAAUGUGGCUCAUGAUUAUACCGAACUUGUGGACAAUGAUCCGACGGUGAAGGAUCUCUCUCAAGUCGUUGAAGGUGAUAAGGUAAAAGUUGAUGAUGUAGAUGAUCAUAAGCCAGCGACGGAGAAGCCAAAAUUAACGAGUGAUUCGCUGGAGACUUCGAGGGUGAAGCUGUCGAGGAAACCACCGAGAUACAGUCAACAAAAGUCGCUCAAAACGAGUGCACAAGGUGGUGGUGAUAAAAAGCCACCGAGGAGGCAGGACACGCUGGAGACGACGUGGAAGAAGAUAACGGAAGGACACUCGACGCCGUUAACUAAGCACUUGACUAAAUCCGACACGUGGCAAGAGAGGUCGCACGUGCGGAGCUCGUCGGAAAAGAGCGCCAAACAGAAGAAGAUGACCAAGUCUGAGAACUUGGAUGACAUAAAUGCCCCUACGGAGCUGAAGCGCGAGGCGUCACCGGGUCAGGAAGAGCUGAACCGGCGUGUGGAAGCGUUUAUCAAGAAGUUCAAUGAAGAGAUGAGAUUGCAAAGAUUAGAGUCUUUGGCCAAAAUUAACAAAAUGGAAAAUGGAGCGACUUGUUUGUAA